AUGCUCUGUGAGAAUAUGGGUCGGCUUGUGGAUGUUUACCUUGCAGGAAGAAGAGACUCGUCGGGUUCCUUUUUUUCCUUUGUAAAAUUUGAUGAUGAAAAAAACACAAAGGCUAUCGAGAUAGCUCUUAAUGCAACUAAACAACGGAGAAGGAAGUUUUAUGUCAAUCUUGCCAAACAUCCCAGGAAGAAGGGACAUGUUGGUGUUGGUGGCGUCAGGAGGCCAUCUGAUUGCAGAGCCAAGCCCCUGUCUUGUGACAUCAUGCAACCAGAAAAGUUAGGGAUAUGA